ACUAUGUUGCCCAUACAGUAAUGAAAAGAGGUAAUGUCCGAAACAUUAGUUGAAGGGGAAUAUGAGCUGCUACUUACUGUUAGUGUUGGCGAUUCAAAUUGUUCGUUGGGAGGACGAACAUGAAUAAUCCCUCCCUCGCGUUGCGAUUUACACUCUUCGUCUCCUUCUCACUAACGGCUUCUUCCUUCCCACAAUUACCAUUCUUUUCUAAGCCUGCUUCCACCCCCAAAGCCAAACCCUCUGACUUAUUGUCUCUCCUUUCUUCCAAAUCUCAAUCCUUAACAGUCGAUCCUCUCGUUGCACGUGACCUCAAUUCAUGCUUCAAAUUCCUCGUUCCUUUCUCCCCGGAGCCUCGUCACCGAAAGCUCGCCUCCGCCACUCUCAUAGGUUCCAACCGCAGAGAGAAAGAUGACCGCCGCAUCUGGUGGCCGCCGCAGCCCGUCUUGGACCUCGCACGCCUUGCCGUCGAUUCCGGCGGUGACCCCUCAGCCAUUCAUCGCCUCCUCGAUCCAAGCGUCAUUCUAGUUCCUGACGUUGAAGGAUCAAAUCAAGAUCGCUGUCAACUCACUAGAACUCCCUAUGGCAGGGUUUUCAUUAAUGAGGAAUUGAAUAUGUACAUGAAGUUCUUGUUCGAGCUCAUUGCUGCUCGAGCUCCAUCUAUUGGCUUCGAUGUUGCUUUGAACCGCUUUGAUCUCUUCCAUGGUCACAUGUUUCUGGCCCUUGACUCUGGUAGACUUGGUAUCUUAUUCCAUGCGAGGGAAUACCCUGCUUAUGAUAAACGAGACUUUCCUUACAAUUUGGGUUACUGUCAGAGAGGGUCCAAUGUGACAUAUGGUGAUUCAAUGAACAUGAGGAAUAUUCUUUGGCUGGCUCCAUUACCCGGCAAUUCUCCGAAGUCUUGGGCAGCGCCAGGUGUACUGGUAGUGUUGGAUGCUCGUCCGGAUGGAAUCAUAUACAGAGAUCUAAUACCAGAUUAUGUAAAAUUUGCAAGGACUAUAUAUGAAGAUGAUCUCGGGGAAGUUGCUGUGGAUGUGAACUACUUGAAUGUAGGGUCUGAAUCUCCAAACUAUCAAAUAUUCAUAUGUUGAAGAUGAUGUAUUGGGGAUAACUAUGACAUAGAACUGACUUCACAACGUACACCAUCCUUGAUAUAAAUGAAGAUUGCCAAAGCUUACACGUAGAAUUGAAGUGCAUUACGAACCAAUUUGAUGGGUCAAUUGAUUUUAUAGCUUUGUUCAAAACUUCAAAUACUACUUUUUAUGCGCAUGCAAUUUGUUUUCCCUUGGCAUCCAAGUCUCUGCUCUUCAAAAGGCUAUUAUUAUACCACAAAUGUUACAUGAGUUCUACUCGAAUUCUUCCCCUUUAAUUGAUUUUGCGUCGUAGUU